GCCUUGUCUUCCCGUAUGAAAACACUUCCCCAAGUAGUCUUGGCCACAAGGAACACAAACAGCUUUGUCCCUGGGCCCCAUUUCAGGCUCCAGCACCCACCAGAUUGCAGAACGGCGGCCGGUCCUGAGAACCACGGGAGGCACGCAUGCCCCUUGCGAUGGCCGCCGCGACCCACCCGGCCUACUCACCUCCUCGCUCCCGGCUGCCGAUGCUGUUCCUCGUGCUCUUGGGAGCCUCAGAGCAGAGCGAGGGGAGUGAGCGGCAGGUGUUGCAGCCGGAGGGCCCCCUGCUGGUGGCGGAAGGGGACACGCUGCUGCUGCGGUGCACCGCGGAAGGGUCCUGCACUGAUGACGCGAUUAAAUGGGUCAAGGUGAGCAAUCAGGACCAGCAGGAGAUUUAUAACUUCAAACGCGGCUUCUUCCCUGGGGUGACGCCAGUGAUGGAGCGGACACUGGAGCCACUUACCUGUGACUAUUCCAUCUAUAUCCGCAAUGUCACCAGCACGCAUGCUGGAACCUACCACUGUGUGGCGUUUGAUGACUUGAGUGAGAACUCAGAAAAGAAGCUGGAGGAGGGCACCUUGGUGUUGGUGAUGGGAGCCAGGGCCCCAGAAUCAAACCUCUGGAUCCUGCAGCCCCAGGAGGUGGUGUUGGCAACCCUCGGAGACUCUGUACUCCUGAACUGCACAGUACUUGGACAUGGUCCCCCAGGACCCAUCAGGUGGUUUCGGGGGACUGGUCUGAGCCGCGAGGCCAUUUACAACUUUGAAGGCAUAUCCCAACCCAAUGUGACAGCAGUCCGGGCCUCCAACAGCGAUUUCAGCAUCCUCCUGCAAGGCGUGUCCACCGAGUACUCAGGCACCUACUACUGUGUGAAGUUUCACAGGAAAUUCAACGUACAAUUCCAGUCUGGACAGGGCACCAGGCUGAAGGUAAAAGCAAAGCCCACCAUCUCUCCCCAAGAGACAAAAUUCACCACGGAACAUGUAGGCGGGAGAUUUUCUUCAGGCCUCCUGUCUGUGUUUGCACUUGUGGUCCUGGGGCUGAAGGCAAUGACCUUGGCUGUACUUCUGCUGGCCUGGGCUGUCUGUCGACGGAAGCAAGAAGACACCAGGACCCCAGACCCAGCAGACCUGUAACCACCUGAGCAUGGGGCAUGGAGCACAGGGCAUGGAGCAUGGGGGAGGGGUCAGCCUCAAAGAGGGUCCUCUGAGUUGGAGAGAGGUCAGGGCUCCCCAACCACUUCACCGCCUCCAACCCCAGCCUCCAGAUGCUCCCCAGGCCUCAUGCCAAACUCCAGGAUCCCAACACCUGGCUUCCGUUCCCCUGGUGAAGUCCCCACUUGACACUGACUGGGCUCCCUUCUGAUGUGCUGUCCUUUCCCUGGACAGCCUGCUCAAGGCCUCCUUGUCAUUUGAGGCUUUGCCGGCUCGCUUCCCAAGGCCCUUGCUCCUACUGUAGUGCCUGCCCCCUUCCAUCCCCUCUCAUCCUUCAAGAUCCAACUCAGAUCCAACUUCCUUUCCAGAAGGUUUUCCCAAGCACCUCUAAGCUAGCAGAGCCAGCCUGCCCAGGUCUGUCCAUUUACACCUUUCUCUCCUCAUUUCCUGUCUUCUUUCUUUCUUUCUCUUUCUUUCUUUCCUUCCUUUCUUCUUUUCUUUCUUUCCU